AUGGCCCAGCAGCAGCAGAAUGGCGAGCCUGUAAUGCGCAGAGUAGACGGCAAGUCCGUACAACUCGCCCUAUGGGAUACAGCCGGCCAAGAAGACUACGAGCGCCUCCGUCCCCUCGCCUACAGCAAAGCGCACGUCAUCCUCAUCGGCUUCAGCGUCGACUCCCCCGACUCCCUCGAUAACGUUAAGCACAAGUGGGCAGAGGAGGCCCGCGAACGCUGUCCCACCGUCCCCAUCAUCCUCGUCGGCCUGAAAAAAGAUCUCCGCGACGACCCCCUCGCACAGGAAGAAAUGCGCAAGAAGAGCUUGAGGUUUACGACACCGAAACAAGGCGCCGAUAUGAAGGACAUGAUUGGCGCGAGGAAAUACCUAGAAUGUAGUUCCCUGACAGGGGAUGGCGUGGACGAUGUUUUUGAAGCGGCGACUAGGGCAGCGCUGCUGAGUGUGGAUAAGAAGGAGAAUCCCGGGUGCGGAUGCGUUGUCCUGUGA